AUGUUUACUUUAGUUUUGAUUUUAUUCAUAAGUCUUGUGAAGGGAUAUGUUCAUCCUAUUACGGUACAUGGGAGAUAUUUUGUAGAUACGGUCACCAAUGAGCCGUUUUACAUCAAAGGUGUAGAUUAUCAGCCAGGUGGAGAGUCUGGAGUUAUUUCUACAGAAGAUCCUUUAUCAGAUGAAAAGAGUUGUUCCAGAGAUAUUGUGCUUUUCCAACAAUUAGGUAUUAAUACUAUUAGAAUAUACUCCAUCAACACUGAUUUGAAUCACGAUAAAUGUAUGUCAAUGUUGGCAGCAGCCGGGAUUUAUGUUGUUCUCGAUGUUAACUCACCCCUUCCCAAUCAUCAUCUCAAUAGGUAUGAACCUUGGAAUACCUAUAAUGUUGAUUAUUUGGAGAAUGUGUUCAAGGUGGUGGAACAAUUCUCCUAUUAUAACAACACAUUAGGAUUUUUUGCCGGAAAUGAAGUCAUCAAUGAUAUCACCUCAGCUAAAAACUCCCCGGUUUACGUCAAAGCUGUGGUUAGAGAUACUAAAAAUUAUAUUGACAAGAAUUCUCCUCGUCCAAUUCCCGUAGGAUAUUCAGCAGCCGAUGAUUUAAGAUAUAGAAUAUCCUUCUCUCAAUACCUUGAAUGUGUUGAUGAGUCCCCUGCAGAAUCUGUUGACUUUUAUGGUGUCAACUCUUAUCAAUGGUGUGGUGAACAAACGUUCUAUACCAGUGGGUACAAUUCAUUGGUGAGUGAUUAUGAAAGUUAUACUCGUCCUUUAUUCUUCUCAGAAUAUGGGUGUAAUGAAGUGUUACCCCGACAAUUUGGCGAGAUUGGGACAAUGUAUUCUAAUGCCAUGGUUGAUGUAUUCAGUGGGGGUUUGGUGUACCAAUUCACUCAAGAACCUAAUAAUUAUGGUUUAGUAGAGAUCCUAGAUAAUGGUGAUGCUAAGGUAUUAACAGAUUUCAUCACCUUGAAGACCAAAUUCGAUGACCUUCCUCAAAUGGAUCUUCAACAUGUUGCUUAUUCUAUGAAGGAAAACGCUAAGGAAAUCCAAAAUAGGAAGAAAGUUCAAAGGUUCUCUUUACCACCUUGUGACACAUCAUAUGAGAAUAUCGAUGUAUCCAGAGGUUUACCACCCACUGUGGCCGAUGAAUUAAUAACUUAUGGAGUUAAAGUGACUCAAGGAAGAUUUGUUCCGUUGACCACUGAAGAGUUGACUUGUCCAUACCAAAUCUUGGACUCAGACAAUAAUCAACUCUCUAUCUCUAAAAAGAUAUAUCCGGUAGUUGAUUACAUGUCCGGUACUCCCUUGAACAAGUUCAACAAAAUCAAGUACCACAGUGGUAUGUAUAACAAUGAGGGAGAAGUUGAUUCUGAAGAUGACUAUGACUUUAGUAGUGACGAAGAAGAAAACUUGAUCGCAAAGGCUUCAAUUUAUUUGAAGAGAAUCGUGGAUAAAGUGUCAAGGCUAUUUUCAUCUUAA